AAUCAGGUGUCACUAGACAACAACGUUUUUGUCAUAUAUAUAUAUAUAUACAUUAGGAGUAACCUAACCCUAAAUCCUAAUAACCAGUAACAUACUAACAUACUGCCCAGCCUCCAGUCUCCAUUCUGCGGCACUGCUCCACAGCUCCAAACUCCAGCCGCCACUGCCCCCUGCUCCAGAUUCCGGUCGCUACUGUCUCCAUCGCAGGUCGCCGGUCAGAGCCUCCAUCGCGGGUCGCCGGUAACAGCCUCCAUCGUGUUUUGUGAGUAAUAAAAUUAGGAACAGCGUUAAUGUCUCCGAGUUGUUGUAGAUGACGACGACGACCAAACUUGCUUCAAGAUCCUAGAGAAAGCAGCUCCGGAACUCUUCCUACAUUGAGGUUAUGGCACAAUUGGGGGCUGCUGUGGUGGAUGCAGAUAUGGAACAAGCUCCAUCAAACACGGCCAGGAGACCUCGGAUACUGCUAGCUGCAAGUGGGAGUGUUGCUGCGAUCAAAUUUGCGAACUUGUGCCAUUGCUUUUCUGAAUGGGCAGAAGUGAAGGCAGUUGCUUCAAAGGCUUCUCUGCACUUCAUCGAUAAAACUUCACUUCCAAAGGAUGUGGUUCUGUACACAGAUGAGGAUGAAUGGUCAACUUGGAAGAGGAUAGGUGAUAGUGUGCUGCACAUUGAGCUUCGUAGGUGGGCUGAUAUUAUGGUCAUUGCUCCUUUGUCGGCAAAUACACUUGGCAAGAUUGCUGGUGGAUUGUGCGAUAACCUGUUGACAUGCAUUGUGCGGGCAUGGGACUAUAACAAGCCACUUUUUGUGGCACCAGCCAUGAAUACAUUCAUGUGGACUAAUCCUUUCACUGAAAGACAUCUUAUGGCUAUUGAUGAGCUCGGAAUUUCUCUUAUCCCACCAGUAUCCAAGAGACUAGCUUGUGGAGAUUAUGGGAAUGGAGCAAUGGCUGAACCUUCUCUCAUCUUUACAACCGUAAGACUCUUAUUUGAGUCCCGCGCACAAUCCGGUAGCGGCAACUCUGGAUGAACAUGAGAACAUCUAAUGUUCAUACUACAAGUCACAAACGCUUUCUGAGAAUGAAGCUUUUGGAUCAUGAUAUGCAAACCGAGCAUUUUACCAUUGUCUUCUAGUUAGUCGGUGUGUUCAAAAUUUGUAGGUUUUAGAAUUUAGACUACUGAUGUUUACUUUAGAUUUGGUAUAACAGCAGGGCAAGUGAACUUAUUGACUCUUAUUUUCUACACUCCUAAGGGAUAUAAGAAAAUCUAGCUGCCUCAAAUGAUGCUUAUUUCUACAUAUGUAAGGAGUACUGUAAUAUUAUUGAACAAAAGUUUAAAAAUCUUUAACCAGCCUUGAUUUGUUUGCUUAAGCCUUAA